AUGGCACGACUCCGCACGCCUCUUGACACGCUCCAGACUUACGGCGAUUAUGCAGUGACUCUAAUAAAGAGAUUCAGAGACCUCAGCUCCCUCCUUGAUAAACCUCCUGCGAGUCAUUCAGAUGGCACCCUAGGGGUCGAUGUAGAAGCGGAAGAAACUCGGCACAGACGUCUGGUGGAGAACUGGAAUGGAACUGUAGAAGAGAUCCGGAAGAUCGAGGGCUUCUCUCGUUUCCUGUUCCCUCCGAUCUUCAAGAUGCGUGAUGGGCCCAUCAUCGUGCUCAUCGCAAGCAGAUCGUCUUGCUAUACCAUCGAUGGAUCACGCGAUCAGCGGCCCUCGAGGGAAGUACCUAUCACUGACCGUCCAUUUGACAGUCUCGGACUCUCGGAAUGCCUUUCGCAAUUGCCACGUGCCCCUACAUCGCUAUUGGAACAGCUCAUCGCUGUCAUUUCUGGCUAA